CUGGCGUGCUGUCACUGGAGGCUGUGUGAAGGAACGCUGUCGUCAGUCAGUCGGUCGGCCUACACUACUACCAAUUGGGCACUCCCCACGGGGCCACGGGGGGGCCGGCUCCAGUAUGGGUCUCGCUCCCUUCACGCGACAGUCACAUGCAAAACUGCCAGGCCCAAUCCUAGUGACCCCAAGCCUCCGUGUCCGUCUGACAUCCAGGGCUCCGGGCCGAAACAUCAUCAUCCUCACCUGACCCCGACAUCUUUAUUAUUGUGAUCUGGCUUGUCUUUUCUCUCUCUUUUACCUUCCCUUGCCUGUUAUCAUCAUAUUCUUUGUUACUAUAGACGAACCUCUCAAGCACACCCAAUACCGCCACGUGCCGUGUCUUGACCCAGACACUUUUGUCUCCGUCUCUGGCCACGUUAACAAGCGCAAUUGUACCUCCGUUUCUCAUCUGGUGCCAGGCAUGGCUGUGUGCGCUGGCUUGCGGCCUAUAUGAAUGUUGCUUAACCGUACCUGUCACUCAUAAGCAGCGGGACCCCGAAACAUUGCAAACUGCAUCCCGCUUGGCGAUAUUCUCUCCCGUUAUUCGAAAGGCCCGGGGCCGGGUUCAAGGCACACUUGGCCUGGAGACAUCCAAAUUCGUAUGAUCCGGGCGCAGCGCCUGAUCACCAAGCAUCAUGUUGGAUCAUGUCCUGGGACGGCCGUCUGCCAAGUCGCGAAGACUUCAGGUCUUGGCUGUGCUGGCCUUCUGGUCAGCAUACCUCUUCAAAGGCCAUAAGCACGGCCCUCCGCUUGUGCGACUCUACUCGAAGCUCUGUUCCAGGAAACUGACAGCAUGGCAACUUGUCGUCGUAACCAUGACAUUCCUCUACGCCGGCCGCAAUUUCAGCACUCUGGUCGGUCUGGCUAGCCCCGAGCCGCUAUCAAACAUGUACGACCCGGCCUACUUCCGAGCCACUUGGAUCUUGACCGCUCUUGAUGCCGGGUUUUGGACCGCCAUGAAGAUCAAAUCCAAGUGGCUGAGGGACUUGUCGAGCGUCGUCUUCUCGAUAUUCUACCUAUUCGCCGCCGAAAAGGCCGACGAGAAGGUGCGCAAGGUUCGGUCGAACCUGACCGUUGAGCACCUGAGGAUCAGCUGGAACAAGGGCAUCAGCCCAUACAUAGACUUCUUCCAGAAGCUCAUGCGCCCGCGAUAUUCUCGCUGGCCCCCGCGCGCUAUUCGCAUCCCGAGGCCGUCCACCAGCGACUACAAGGAGCCUGUGGCAGCCUGGCUGUAUUUUGACGGUCCACUAUCAGAACUGGAGCACCAGAAUAGGGUCGUGCUGGACCUGCCAGGAGGCGGCUUCGUCGCCAUGGAUCCCCGCUGUAACGACGACAAACUGCUCUCGUGGGCGUCCAAGACAGGGCUUCCUGUGCUCAGCAUAGAUUAUCGGAAGGCGCCGGAAUACCCUUUCCCCUACGCCUUGAAUGAGUGCUACGACGUCUAUGCCACCCUCAUGAAGACCCGCGGGCGCUGCAUCGGCAUGUCUGGCAAAGAGACGCCCAAGGUCGUUGUCACAGGUGACAGUGCAGGUGGCAAUCUCGCGACCGCCAUGACUUUGAUGAUCAUAGAAGGUGGGCUCUUCCCAUCAAGCCACUUUCAGGGUCAAGCCGGCCUGCCGAUCCCCGAUGGCCUGGUCUUGUUCUAUCCGGGACUUGACAUGAAUAUUGGGAACUGGAUGUCAGACGAGCAAAUGGCCUUGAUUCAAGACCGGAGAAUGCGGUCAACUAAUAAGGCCAUCGCUCGCCGCAAGAGUAUGCAAUACAACAAUCUCGUCGGAACCCCGCACCACUCUGAUGACGAGCACGAUUCACCGAAAUAUGUGGUCCACCCACCAGACGACGGGACCAAGGAGUCGAAGCAGCUGGCGAACUCGGAAGGAACUCGCACGCCGCAGCCCGAAUAUGCCCAUGCGACCCCGACGAAAUGGAGCAAAACGAGCAAAGGAAAUCGAUCAUCACAACCAGAAUCGUCGGCCGUCAGCAAACGGGCCGGCAGUACCUCGUAUCAUUCAGAGCCCCUCCAGACCAGGCUGGCCAUGUCUUCCAUGCUAUCCUACUUCAAUGACCGCGUCCUGGCCCCUGAAAUGAUGCGGGCCAUGAUCAUUUUGUAUAUCGGCCCGCACAAUCGGCCGGAUUUCAGUCAAGACUACUUACUAUCGCCCAUACUUGCCCCAGACAUGCUCCUCGCCCGCUUCCCAAAGACAUACUUCUUGACAGGUGAGCGCGACCCACUGGUGGAUGAUACUGUCAUUUUUGCCGGCCGCCUGCGCCGCGUCAAAGCCGCCAUGCAUGCAUCGGGAGGGCAGAGGUUGGAUUACAUGGAGUCAGACGCCCUGGCUGCGGGAUUCAACGACAAAGAUGUCGCAGAGGUGAACCUGAUACCAGGCACGUCGCACGGGUUCCUGCAAUUCCCUACCAUCUACCCUCCGGCGUGGAAGCUCAUUGAUCGCUCCGCCGGGUGGAUCGAGGAGGCUUUUGCGUCGAGUGAAAAGCGCGAGCGCGAGAGCCGGAGGCGCACGGCCAAGAAGGCGGCCGAGGGCUCGGGGAGGCACCACAUGCGGGCUGAGUCGAGUGGCGACGAGGGGCUGCUGGAGAUCGGAAUGACCAGGGCGAGGGGCAAGCCGGCGUCGAAUGGUGUCAAGACUAAUGGCAAGGACGGUGCGGCGGUUGUCGAGGCUCAAAAGGCCAAAGAUGGCGAGGCAGAUGGUGAGGAUUCUGACAGGAAGGGGAAGAGGAGAGCCAACGCCCGGGCUAAGAAGGACUCGCUCAACAGGCUGGCCAGCUCCGAUGAUCUCCUCGGGCGGAGGAUGCACGGCCUUGCCGGUGGCUUGACUGGCCUGGCGGAGGAGGACUGAAGAACAUGACUGUCAGUGCGGGAUUGUAUGAAGUACACGUCCUCAAGGCCAACCGCGAGGUGGGCAUGGCAGAGAUUUGUGCUUAUACUGAGCCAAGCAAUAUCCUUGUUGUUACCAGCACACAUCAUCGCCCUUUCUUCUCCAUACACGUCAAGCUCGAGUAAAGAAUUAGAACUACACAGUACAGCUGAAUAUUUAGCAGAGAUCAAGAUGCAGUGGCUUACGCCGGUUAUGUCAUUGUGUUUACCUCAAACAAUGGUGUGAGGGUGCAGUUUACUGGCCUCGCGCAACAACAUG